AGUGGCGUCCCAACGUGAAUAAAACGCCCCUCGCCAAGAGUGUUGUGCAGAAUUUCACCAAGUUCAGCGCUCUCUCUCUCUCUGUCUUCUGUUGUGCGUGGGUGGGAGCAGUUUGCUCCAUUCAUUGCCCGCUAAUCGCUAAUACCAUUUACAGAGAGGCGUGAGCCAGCGGGAGUUCACAGUUCCAUAUUUGCCAGUCAGAUUGAUGGGGGCUGGCAGACUGGAGAGCGGUUAAGGAGCAUGCUGGCCACCUAAUCUUUGGAAACCUCGCCUGUCACCGCUAGCCUCGUCCAUCAUGUUGGGACGCCGAAAGGAUGACUUAUUUAAAACCCGGCAAACUUUGUUUCUUGUUGGUUGUCCCUUGUGUCUGGAUGGCAAGCAGGAGGCGCCCCAAGAACAAGAGGAACCUGGCGAUCGCCGCAGCGUGUUUGAUUUAUGCCUUGGUGGUGAUGCAGGGCACUGUUUUAAUCCAGGUCCGACUCUUUGACUAUGUGGACAGAAGGGAGGUCGCGCCCGCUAAUCGGCUCCCGAACAGCUUUCCAGCCGGGGAAAGCGAGCAAGAGAGGGUCACCUUCAACCCAAACGUGGUGUACAUAACGAUGAGAUCAAAAAGGAUCAAACCGGCCAACAUCAGGGGGACAGUGAGACCCAAACUCAGGAAGAAAUGGACGGCUAAACGCGCGCAAACGAUGCGGGACAGUGACCCGGGUCCAUUCAAGAGCCAGGGCAGCCAGUCAAUAGACCACCGAUUGAGGGGGACCGAGAACGCAACACGUUUACACGCAACACUCGCCAGAGCUAAUGUGGAGCGGAGGGUGGAGAGUUUUCAUCGUGCAGGUGAGAGGAGGUCCAUCCAAGCAGAGAAUCAAAACACUGGGAGCAAUAUUCGGAUUUACAGCGACAGCGCUCCUCCCUGGCUCAGCCGCCAAGAUAUCAACGCCAUGCGUUUCCUGGCCGAUUCAAGCAUCGCUCAGAUCCACAAGGUCCCCCAAAACGGACGCCGAUCUCUAUAUUUACUUGAAGGAGUAGCCGGGGAACAGCAAUCAUUGAACCCCAGCCCCCGGGACCUGUCGAAAGCACCGGGCUGCCGGCAGCCGUGCGGGGUCCUCAAGAGCCCGGUGGAUGUCAGCGAAGUGUUUGCUUUCCAUCUAGACCGCAUCUUGGGCUUGAACAGAAGUCUGCCCGCUGUGGUCAGAAGGGUUCAUUUUGUUAGAGACGGCUUACCUCGUCCUGUCAUCCUCUGGGAUGAUUCCUUGCAAAUGGCCGACAAUGACACGCAGUCUACAGUCAAAUUGGAUUGGAUGUCCUACCAGAAAUUACUAAAAUGGAAGUGUUGGGUCCACGGCAAGGUUCCUAAGCCAGAUUGGAGGUGUACGGAUAUUCACCACUAUGAAUGGUGCAAACUAGCUCUUUUUGAUUUUCUACUGCAGGUUUAUAAUAGACUUGACAGAAAUUGCUGCGGAUUUCGACCUAGAAAGGAAGAUACUUGUGCUCAAAACGGCCUGAAAAUGAAAUGUGACAAUCAGGACAACAUCAGCUUGUUUCACAUUUUGUACAGAGACCGUGAUCCACGGCAUUUGGUCUUCAUAGACAAUAAGGGCUUCUUUGACAGAAAUGAAGACAACUUAAAUUUUAAAGUAUUGCAAGGAAUAACUGAAUUUCCGGAAUCUGCCAUAUCCAUACUGAAGAACGGACUUCUCCGAGAGAGACUUCUUCAGUCCUUGUUCCUUGACCAACUUUACUGGGAGAGCCAGGGAGGUCGCAGGGGAAUCGAGAAGCUGAUUGAUGUGAUUGAAAGGAGGGCAACUAUUUUUCUUACUUACAUUAAUGCACAUGGACUCAAGGUGCUACCUAUGAAUGAGUAAUUGCACUAUUGAUUAGUAUCCUGUGAAGCAUCAACUAUUGACAAAAGAGGUUAUUCCUCAAUGCUUUAUUCUUGACAGCAAUUUUCUGUAUUAAUUUCUAUACAUAUUAAAUCUAUUCUAGAUUUACUUUUAGUUAUUGAAAAGUAAAAUGAAUAGUUAAAAGGCAGGGAAGGUGUCUGUAACAAAAAAAAAUACUUCCAGCCAAAGUACUUAAAGAACAACAAUUUUGGAAUGAGCACUUUUUGUAAAAAUGUCCGCCAUUGGACACUGACGAGGCAGAAUAAUCAAAGUUUGAUAGGUUUUGAAGAAGUUAUUUUUGCCUGCCUGAGAACAUAUGAAUUAUAUAAAACAAAGACACUUUUAAAUACCUAUAUAUUUUAAUGUACCAAGAAACUGACUAGUACUCAAAUGCAACGUGAAUAUUUCAGUAUAGUUUUUUUUUAAAGCUAUUUUCUGUAAUAUAAAAUGAAGUCACUCACAUGUUGGACCAGACUUUUAUUAAAAUCAUUUUGGUUCUUUCAUAAAA